AACCAUCUCUAUGGUACAAAUUAGAACUGGGUUCGACUCACACACGGCCCGGGGCACGUGGAGUAAUGAGAAAAUAAAAAUUGCACGUAGAAGUGUGAUCGUACAGAAAUGCACGUACGUACCUCCGUCAUAUGCUCUGCAGGUCACCCGGUACGUGAGUCAUUAUUUCCCCGAGCUGCACGUGACGGACGAUUCACUCUCACAGACGUGAGACUUCGUUGAUAUGAUAGCCGAAGCGAAAUAUUGGUGGAAGAUAUUUCACAUCAAUGAAUACAAAUCUAUCCUCGCCGCUCUGGCUGCUCACUCCGGGCAAAUAUCGGUUGGGCUUUCCCAGGGGUUCAGCGCCGUCCUGAUUCCAAAGCUCCUCGAGUCCGGUUUUGCAACCGAGUCCGAAGCCUCCUGGGUCGCCUCUCUCGGCAUCGUUUCGAAUCCAAUCGGCGCCCUGGUCGCUGGCGUCGCGGCGGAGCUCUUCGGUCGUCGCGCCGUCGUUGCCUUGGCGACGCUCCCCCACGCCGCUGGAUGGCUCUUCAUCGCCCUGGCCGUCAACGUCCCGCUCCUCUAUACCGGCCGUUUCGUCAGCGGCCUGGGCGCCGGGAUGGCCAACGGGCUCUAUCUCUACGUUAGCGAGGUCGCAGCCCCUGAACAACGCGGGUGGCUGGCGAGUUCCGGGCCGGCAGUCGUCUCCCUUGGAGUCUUGAUAGCCUACAGUCUCGGUGCCCUGACGACAUGGCAAAGAGCUGCCGCCAUCAGUAUCGCCCCGGCGAUUGUGUCGCUUGCUUUGGUGAGACUCCUUCCGGAAACACCAGCCUGGCUAGCAGCGAAGGGUCGAACGGACGACGCGAGAAAGUCGUUGCUGUGGCUGAGGGGUCCGGGGCUUUUAACGGAAGUGGAGCACAGCGAGCUCUGCAAGUCUAACGUGGAGAGUCAGCGAAGGACAGGAGGCAGCCUCCUCAAGGCACUCUACAAGCCGAACGUGUGGAAACCAUUUCUGACCCUCUUCUUUUUCUUCGCCCUUCAGCAGCUGUCGGGAAUAUACGUGAUCCUCUUCUACGCAGUCACGGUCCUCCAAGACAUCGGCGUGAGCAUCGACGAGUACGCGGCGAGCGUUGCGAUCGGGGGAGUCCGGCUCUUCGCCGCGAUUCUUGGCGCGGGUCUCGCCAGGUCGGUGGGUAGAAAACAGCUCGCCUGCGUUAGCGGUCUGGGAAUGGCGGUGUUCGCCGCAGGCGUCGCCCUUUCUAUGAGGUACGCCAUGCCCUCUUGGGUCCCCCUGAUGUGCAUCGGGGGCCACGUUGGUUUUUCAAUGAUUGGCUACCUCACCCUGCCCUGGGUGAUGACCUCGGAGCUCUACCUUCUCCGUUUCCGGGGUCCUCUGAGUGGUCUGACGACGGGACUCGCCCAGAUGAUGACCUUCGCCGCUGUCAAGACGUAUCCUGACCUGCGGACAGCGAUUGGCCUUGAGAUAACCAUGUGGAUAUUCAGCACUUCUGGACUGAUCGGGGCGAUAUUCGCGAUGACGAUAUUGCCCGAAACGAAGGGUCGUAGUCUCAAUCAAAUCGAGAACGAAUUCACCAAGAGUACCGAACCUGAGGUAACCACCGUCGAUGUGCAGCCUGGGAUAAGAAACGGCGGCCUUCCGACCUUCAGGUCCGUUUCCGAGGACACAUCACACGGUGAUCCCAUCACUAUUCAGAGUAGCGCCCACUGGAGGAACGUCUUUGCGUACGAUAAUCUCGGGCUCGACGUCAGCCUUGAUAAUCCCAAGAAAAUCAAGGAGGAACAUGGGAAAGUCCGAUCUGUCUUGGACAGUGGUGAGCCCAGUAACCGAAAGGUAUCGGUAGAAAGUGGGCAGGUCAACGCAGCUUCCAGCUACGAGCAUGUCUAUGUGUGAUAGAAAAAAGUUGCAAUUUGAUCUCGUCUCAUUGUCAACAUUUUAUCGCUGCGCACAUUAAUCGUGGUGUUUAUCCACUUGCACAAUGUCGUAUGCAGUUUCUAGCCUAUAUCUUUUAGGUUUUUCACCACGGGCUGAGGAGAUACUUGUAAGAACUUUUCCAGAUGCAACAGGGUUGCC